AUGUCCACCCCCUUCCAUCGCCGUUCUUUCCCCGACUACUUCCUCUCAUCACCUCUAGCAACUCUCAUCUAUCCUCUCCAUCAACUCCUCAACCACCUCCGCGGUCCUCCUCACCUCCCACCCCCAAACGCCCGUCCCAUCCGCGUUGUCUGCAUCUCCGACACCCACACCCUCGAAUACCCCGACAUCCCCGACGGCGAUCUCCUCAUCCACGCCGGCGACCUCUGCAACGAUGGCAGCGCCCGCGAAAUCCAAGCCGCCGUGAACUGGCUGCGCAGUCUCCCUCACCCGCAUAAAGUCGUCAUCUGCGGCAACCACGACAGCUACUUCGACCCGCGAUCGCGUCUCCCCGAAGACCGCAGCGAUGCCUCACCUCAAAACACUUCCUCCUCCACAUACGCCACCAUCUCCUCCUCAACCGCCUCCCUCCGCUCCCUAGACGACUACCUAACCGACGACCCUCAUCCCCGCAUCGACUGGGGCGACAACGACGACAUCCACUACCUCCAACACUCCUCCAUCACCCUCACCUUCCCACCUACCACCACCACCAGCACCUCAAGCAUAUCGAGCACCACCCCCCUCCGCCCCCGCACCCUAACCAUCUACGGCGCGCCCCAAAUCCCCGCCAUCGUGCCCUUCGGCCCCGAACACGCCUUCACCUACCCCCCACACCACGACGCCUGGUCCAACACCAUCCCCCUCUCCACCGACAUCCUCGUCACCCACACACCCCCACAAUCACGCCUCGACCUCUCCCCCGUCUACUCCGCCGGCUGCCCGUUCCUCCUCUCCGAACUCUGGCGCGUGCGCCCCGCCCUGCACGUCUUCGGCCACGUGCACGCCGCGUACGGCAUCGAGCGCGUCUUCUACGAUGAGGCCCAGCGCGCGUGGGAGCGACUCUGCGCGUCGAGGAAAUCCCGCGCCCGUCUGUCGAGGUUCCGCUCCCUGUUCGGGUUCCUCCGGGAUCUGUUCGAUCUCUCGGGCUUGGUGGAUUCGGCAAGAGUGGUGAUGUAUGGUGUUUUGGGGGUGGUUUGGGCCAGGGUCUGGGGUGGGGAGAAUAGGGAUGCGGGGUGGGUGGUUAAUGCGGCUUGCAUGUAUAGAGAUUCUGGGGUGUUGAGGAAUAAGCCGCAGGUUGUGGUUUUGUAG